UCUCAUUGGUCGCUGGUGGAACAUCUCCACUUGCAAUAGGCUGUGGAGAUUGGAAGGGGCGGGGAUGGUGCCCCCUCCCGCCGCCGCCCUCCCCCAGGCGGGCUCGGUUGCGUGGCGGGACUCGGGUCCGAGCUGAGGAGGUGACGGGAGGCGGCAGAAAAUGGCGCUGACUCAGGGGACCAAGCGGAAAGUCUGCUACUACUACGACGGUGACAUUGGAAACUAUUACUAUGGUCAAGGCCACCCUAUGAAGCCCCACAGAAUCAGGAUGACUCACAAUCUCCUUCUGAACUAUGGCCUCUACAGAAAAAUGGAAAUCUAUCGACCCUAUAAAGCUAGUGCUGAAGAAAUGACCAAAUACCACAGCGAUGACUACAUCAAAUUUCUGCGGUCGAUUCGCCCAGACAACAUGUCUGAGUACAGCAAGCAAAUGCAGCGAUUCAAUGUUGGAGAAGACUGUCCUGUGUUUGAUGGCUUGUUUGAAUUUUGUCAGCUUUCUACAGGAGGGUCAGUUGCCAGUGCAGUGAAGCUGAACAAGCAGCAGACAGACAUUGCUGUGAACUGGGCAGGAGGCUUGCAUCACGCCAAGAAGUCUGAAGCCUCAGGCUUCUGUUAUGUCAAUGACAUCGUUCUGGCCAUCUUGGAGUUGCUAAAGUACCACCAGAGAGUGUUGUAUGUCGACAUAGACAUUCACCAUGGUGACGGUGUGGAGGAGGCCUUCUACACUACAGACCGUGUCAUGACGGCAUCUUUCCAUAAGUAUGGCGAAUACUUCCCAGGAACAGGGGACCUGCGGGACAUUGGUGCAGGCAAAGGAAAAUACUAUGCAGUCAACUAUCCCCUCCGGGAUGGGAUAGAUGAUGAGUCCUAUGAAGCCAUCUUUAAGCCAGUGAUGUCCAAAGUGAUGGAGACAUUCCAGCCUAGUGCUGUUGCAUUGCAGUGUGGCUCAGAUUCCUUAUCGGGGGACAGGCUGGGUUGCUUUAAUCUGACCAUUAAAGGUCAUGCCAAGUGUGUGGAAUUCAUCAAGAGCUUUAACUUGCCCAUGCUGAUGCUCGGAGGGGGUGGCUACACCAUCCGCAACGUGGCCAGGUGCUGGACCUAUGAGACUGCUGUGGCUUUGAAUACAGAUAUUCCAAAUGAGCUUCCAUACAACGAUUAUUUUGAAUAUUUUGGGCCGGACUUCAAGCUCCACAUCAGCCCUUCCAACAUGACCAACCAAAACACCAAUGAAUAUCUGGAGAAGAUUAAGCAACGUCUCUUUGAGAACUUGCGAAUGCUUCCCCAUGCUCCUGGAGUCCAGAUGCAGCCGAUCCCGGAGGAUGCCGUCCCAGAGGACAGUGGAGAUGAAGAUGAAGAGGAUCCUGACAAGCGGAUUUCCAUCCGCUCAUCAGACAAGAGAAUAGCUUGUGAUGAGGAAUUCUCUGACUCUGAAGACGAAGGGGAAGGUGGGCGCAAAAACGUUGCCAAUUUCAAGAAGGCCAAACGAGCAAAAACGGAAGAAGAGGAGAAGGAGGAGGAGAAGAAAGAAGUGAAAGAGGAAGAGAAGGCAAAAGAGGACACGACAGACCCCAAAGGCAUAAAGGAAGAGACAAAAUCGACCUAAGAAGCUGGCAGACGGGUAACCCCUCAGUCCCCUGGAUUGGCCUCUCGGGUUCCUUCCCAUUCCACAAGAUUUGUUUGUAUUUUAUAUAAGUUUCUGUAGAUAUUUCUAUAUAAAUAUUUUGAGGAUUUGAGACCCAGGUGGAUUUCCUUGCUGCGAUUCCCUGGGGGUGAGGAAUCUGCUUGGUACACAGUCCUACUCAGCCCCAGGGGUACAGCUUGAGUGGAACCCUUAUUCUUGCGUUCCUGCCGCCGCCUCUUUGGGGACAUGUGUGUGUUUUGUUUUUUUCAUUUUUCAAAAAACUUAAAAGUCUCCCUUUCUCCUGCACCUUCUCUUCUUUUGAAACUAUGGUCUCGCCUUGGAGAAACAUAUGCUCUGGGGCUUUGGUGUUUUGUUUUGUUUUUGUCUUUUGUUGUUUUCCUUGAAUAGUUUUUUGAGGUAUGGAUACAGCCAUAAAACUUUGGGAGGCUUUUGGGGGGUGGGAGGGGGGUGGAAGCUUCAAGUUUUGAGCAGCACCCAUGAAAGAAUCGACUCUGUUCUGCGUAACCACAAAUUGAUGCUGCUCCUCAGCAUCCCAGAGGCACAAGUUAAUGAGGGGGGGGGGGGGUAGCUGCAGUCAGGACCUCCAAGGAACAGGGAGUCCUCUAGGUCUAGGGCAUGGCGGAAGUGUCAGUGGAAGUGCUUAUUAAUGUGAAGUCUCAUGCUGUGGAAAGGAAUAUGCAUUUUCUCCACAGAGGGCAGUGCAGGAGUGAAGGUCCCUCUGUUCUGCAUCAAACACUCCUUCACUGUGAGCUUAGCACACAUGGUGCUCACUUGUCUAAUCCUCUUUUUGUCCUGUCAUGGCCUUACCCUCAGAAUCUGCUCCAAAGCCCAUAGCUGGCAUGUGCAGAAACUAGCCAGUGAUUCAUAAAGACAUCUUUUUUAAAAAGGCCUCUUAAAUAUCACCGUAUUCUAUGAGAAAAUUUCUAGGGGUGGUUUGGUUACACAUGCCAGCCAGCAAGUGGUGGGGGUGGAAUUUUUCAGUGGGUUGUGGGAUUGGAUUGGAAGGGGAAGCAUCCUUCCACAGAGCGCCACCGUAAGGGGUCAAUGCCAACGAUGCUGCUAAUUUAGCCAUGUUACUCUUGGGGCGGAGGGUGGGUUGGGGGGGGGAGAGAAAGGUUUUUAUUUUUUUAAGCCUCUGGUUUAGCUGUAUUUUAGUCUCUGGGAUGCAAGAUCCAUGCAGCUCUUCGAUACUCGUAUUGGUGAAAUGAAAGAUCAUUGUAUUUGUCUUUUGGGGGCAGGGCAGGGAAGAUAUAUAUAUUGUGGUGUUUUUUUAAAAAAGAACUUUUUAUUUUCUUUUUUUGAAGAAAAGGCUUUGUAAUAAAAUUGGUCUGUUUCUCGGUUUUGGGUAGUGAAUUAUUUUCUGUGUAUAGAUGGAAAGAAACCAGUGGAAGCGUUCCUGCCACCUCAUGGUCUUUGCCUCAACAAAGCAGGGAGCAAGAAAACUUAGCCCUGUUGGCUACUAUUGUGCCUUUUGCCAGCUUCAGCUGGUGCAUCCUUCCCAAGUAGAUCUAAGUUUGUCCUGGUUAUCUAUGUCUUGGCAAUGUCCAUUUUCAGCUAAUCAACUGUUACAUAUUGAGUGGUUUUUGAAGGCUUCACUCAAACUCAGGACGCAAGGGAGAAAUGUGCUAGGAGGAAGGCACGCUUGGCAAAUCCACACCGUGAUCAACUCCUGCCCAGAAACCUUUCUCCACUGUGGAAGGAUGUGUGGAUCCAGAAUUGGCCUCCACAGUCACUUAUGGGCUCAUUGUUAAAACCGUGUUUAGGGAAGACAAUCUUACUCUGCUACGAGUGAUCGCCAAAGAAGAAUUUCACCAGGAUUUAUGAAGUUGCCAGUUGUAGUGGUUUCUUUCUGGGAACAACUCAAGGUGGUGUUUAAGCAGUUUAGGAGUCUGGAGAAUCUCAACGAUGGUCUGCUCCUAUAUGAAUCUGCCUAUAUAAGAUGACCUACUAAAAUCAGUACAGAUUAAGACAGUUUAGUGUUGUUAAGCUGCGGUCCAAAUCUACUUGCUCCCUGCUUAGGGCUAACACUUUAAAAAGUCCAGCUGUGCUAUGUAUUCUUCCUUGGUUCAACUUGCUGAAUGGUAGGCCCAGCUGUGACUGAAUCUCUUCUGUCUGCCCCCUACCUUUUAGAGGCCAUGGAGGAAAAAAUAUUGUCUGGAAAGCCUUCCUGCCUCCAUUGGCCAAGCACCAAUGUUGUUAAGCACCAAUUUAAAAACCUUUGGAGCAUCUUUUUUCCUUAGCUGCUUAUGUGUGUAUUUAUGACUAUACAUGUGAGCUGCUGUAGAUGCCUGGUGAAUUAGAAUGAGGCAAUGUGACAUUUCAAACAGGUGGUCUUUAUAUUAUAUGGCUUUUCACAAAGACCGCCAUGGUAUUCUUGCAGAGAAGCAGGUAAAAUGUGGGCUGGACAAGGUUAACUGUUAGGAGGGUUUGUAGCUGGUUGAUAGACCGAACUGAAAGUUCUCACAAAUGGUUCCUCAUCUUCCUGGAAGAAAGUGACAAGUGAGAUGGUACAGGGUUCUGUCCUGGGCCUGUUGUCCAAUGUCUUUAUAAACAACCUAAAAUAAAUUGAGGGGGUGCUCAUCAAAUUUGCCGAUGACACCAACCUGCGAGGGAUAGCUAGUGCCGCAGAAAAUAAUCUGAAUACAAAAUGACCUUAACAGACUGGAAAGCUGGGCCCAAACAAAAUCAAUUUCAAUAGGGACAAAUUUAAGGCUCUACACCAGGCAUCCCCAAACUGCGGUCCUCCAGAUGUUUUGGCCUACAACUCCCAUGAUCCCUAGCUAACAGGACCAGUGGUCGGGGAAGAUGGGAAUUGUAGUCCAAAACAUCUGGAGGGCCGAAGUUUGGGGGUGCCUGCUCUACACUUAUGUACUACUGGCAAGCCAGGUGUCCUCUGUGAAAAGGAUCUAUGGGUGAGUGGACCACAAACUAUCAACAUUGUGAUGCAGCAGCAAAAAAAGAAAAUGUUAUUCUAGCCUGCAUCAACAGAAGUAUAGUGUCCAGAUCAAAGCAAGUAUUUAUUUAUUGAACUAACAAUAAUAAAUUGCAAGUAAUCUAUUCUAUUCAGCCUUGAUCAUACCGCACCUGGAGCCCUGUGUCGUUUUGGGUGCCAGUUUAAGGAUAUUGACAAGCUGGGUUGUGUGCAGAGGGCAACCAAGACCAUAAAGGAGAUUCCAACUAAACAUAAGGAAGAGCUUUGUGACAGUAAGAGCUGUUCAACAGUGGAAGGAUGCUGGUCAGGGGUCAGCAACCUUUUUCAGCCGUGGGCCGGCCCACUGUCCCUCAGACCAUUAGGUUGCCUACCCAAUGUUGGUGGUGCUGCAUAGGUAACUGAAGGCCGUUAACAAUUAGCAACUGAAUCCCUUUUCAAAAGUAAACAGCAGGCAUGUGGGCCUGACACAGCCUGCCCACACUCACCUUUUUCCAGGGGGAACACUCAUUCACACAAAUAAGUUUCUCUCCUGCCCAACCCAGUGAAAAUAGAAAUACUGUAUGGGAGCCCCAGUCUGAACCAGGACCAGCAGGGCAGAGGGUUUAAAAGGGUUUAAAAGGCUAGUCCCCAACCUACCCAUACAGCCACACUACACCCUUCAAGUUCCAUUUUAUAAAGUGUCAUUCCUGCAAUUGGAAAUUUUAUUAGUGUUGUUUACUUGGGCCAUGUUUCUAUAAACCUCGCAUCUUUACCUAAAAACAUGCAAACUAGGAUCAGCCUAGAAGUCCACUGGGCAUCCCACAUGACUGUAGGAAUGGAAGAAAAGAGAAAGUGGCCAUUCUAAUGUUUAGCCCAGGCUGCUGGUAUAUGAAGGUAGACUCCCUCUGAACACUGAUGCUAGCAACUCUUCCUUGGCCUGUUUCCAGAGGCUUUUGCUUUUUUCAAAUGUUUUGUAGUAGCCAUCACCCGCACUGUGUGUGCAGUAUGCACUCUAGAAGUACGGGUGAAACUUGGAAAAUUGGAAUAUCGUCGAAAAGUGCAUUUAUUUCAGUAAUGCAACUUAAAAGGUGAAACCAAUAUAUGAGAUAAAUGCAUGACAUGCAAAGCAAGAUAUGUCAAGCCUUUAUUUGUUGCAAUUGUAAUUGUCGUUAGGCGGGUCAAUUAUAAAUGGAAUGUAAUUAAUGAAAUGUAAUAGUGAUGUUUAUUUUUGUA